UUUCAAACCUCUGAGCUUCCUUCUGCUUCUCAUAAUGCAUCAAUGUCCAAUGCACUUUCAUUAAAAGAGGACGGUGAAACAAUGAAUAACGGCAAAAAUGAGGACCUACAUAAUCAGGUUCAUCCUGAGUCUUUGUCCCCCUCCAUACCUACCUCAUCUAGGGCAUCGCCUCCCUGGAGCCCUGAGUUUUUGUCUAUACAGAGUAAACCCAACAGUCCCACUUCCACAGAGAUUCUUGCCAGUGACACAGCAGCACAUUCGCCUGAUCUGUUUAUAUUGAGCUCACCAAGUAGCUCCUUGAGCUUCCUCAUUUCGCAGCCCUCCUCGCCCAAUCUUCCAGAGAGAACAGAGCAAAAGAGAAAUGAUUCAGAUGCAGGAUCCCCAGAAAGCCCUCCCAUCAGGCUUUGGGACACAAGCAGCGAUAGCGACGAAGAAAAUGUGCUGGAUAAUAUGGAGUCAGAUGUUUCUGAAAACAAUUCAGAAGAUAGACAACAUAUCUGUCUGACUCAGUACAGAAAAUUUAGCCAGUGCAUGAGUGGAAUGGUUCCACACAUGGAUGACGAUGAGGAAGACGAACACUAUGGUCCCGCUGAGCCUCUAUGUCGUCAGAGCCUUAGCUUAGUCUACAGCACUAUUGAGGAGAAUUACCCAGAAGGCACUCUUCAGCUGCUUUCUGACUUCAUUCAGCCUCGGUAUUACCCACCAGUGGAUAUUACGACACACCUGCUCAGGGGGAUUUUCUUAAACCCACAAAGCCCUGAUGUUUUAGUCAUAGAGGCCUAUAACCUAUUGAUGAAGACUCAGAGAUACCAUCCUGUGGAUGCUUCUACGGUGCCGUGCGAUUGGGAACUGAUGAAGUCAGUUAUGAAAGAACAGGAUGACGGUAAUAGGUUGCGGACGAAGGUUCAGUACAUGCUCCUGCAAUAUAUGUUUGCAGGUAUUAGAAAGACGAUUUUCAUUUUAAACUCAGGUCUCAGUGUCUUCUUCACUCUGUUGCAAAGAAGAUGCUUUCAUGUGGCAAUGAAACAUUUGGGCAAGUCAAGGAUAUAA